UACCGUGUGCUCCUCCCAGACUUCGAAAUAGAGCAAGAAAACCAAGCGCUCCUAAAACCAGGUGCCCUUCUUCUUUUCUCACUCCAAUGGCUACGAUUCAAUCAGGCCUACCCCUUUCUCCGCCCACCGUUCCUGCUCUUCAGCUCCUUUUAACACCUUGUUCUCCAUUCAGGAGUUGCUUCACCGAGAUGUUCCAUCUUUAAUCGAACCAGCUAGCGAGAACACUGAGGGCUUUCCUCCUAAGGAUGCCACGUUUAAGGUAAUAGUAGAAACAGGGGAGGAGGAGGAGGAGGGAAAAAAGGAAAGAAAGAAAGAGAUGGGGAAGGAGGAAGAAGAGGGGGAGGUAAGGAACGUGGUGUUCGGCAAGUACGAGAUGGGGCGGCUCCUGGGGCAGGGGACCUUCGCCAAGGUGUAUUAUGGCCGGGACAUCCGUUCCGGCGAGAGCGUGGCCAUCAAGGUGAUCAACAAGGACCAGAUCCGGCGGCAGGACGGGAUGAUGGAGCAGAUCCAACGGGAGAUCUCGGUGAUGCACCUGGUCCGCCACCCCCACGUGGUGGAGCUCAAGGAGGUCAUGGCCACCAAAACCCGGAUCUUUUUCGUCAUGGAGUACGUCCGCGGCGGCGAGCUCUUCGCCAAGGUCGUCCGCGGCCGCCUUCCGGAGGACCAGGCCCGCCGCUACUUCCAGCAGCUCAUCUCCGCCGUCGACUUCUGCCACAGCCGCGGCGUCUCCCACCGAGACCUCAAGCCCGAGAAUCUCCUCCUCGACGAGGCCGGCAACCUCAAGGUCUCCGACUUCGGGCUCUCCGCGCUCCCGGAGCAGCUCCGCCACGACGGCCUCCUCCAUACCCAGUGCGGCACGCCGGCCUACGUCGCGCCGGAGGUCCUCCGGAAGCGCGGCUACGACGGCGCCCGGGCCGAUCUCUGGUCCUGCGGCGUUGUCCUCUUCGUCCUCCUCGCCGGCUUCCUCCCCUUUCAAGACGAGAACCUGAUGCGGAUGUACCGCAAGGUGUUCAAGGGCGAGUACCAGAUCCCGCCCUGGUUCUCCGCCGACGCCCGCCGGCUCGUCUCCCGCCUCCUCGUCGCCGAUCCGGAGAAGCGCAUCUCCAUCCCGGCCAUCGUGCAGCUCCCCUGGUUCCAGAAGGGCUUCUCCCGGCCGAUCCCGUCGCCGAUAUCAAUUCCGGCGGAUCCGCCGGAGAGGGAGGAGGAAGGGGGGAAGGAGGUGGACUCGCCGAGGUUCUACAACGCGUUCGAGCUGAUAUCGGCGAUGUCGUCGGGGUUCGACCUGUCGAGCCUGUUCGAGAACCGGCGGCGGGCGGGGACGGUGUUCACGUCGCGGUGGUCGGCGGGGGCUAUCGUGGAGCGGCUGGAGCGGGCGGGGCGGGCGCUUGGGUUCAGGGUGGCGCGGGCCAAGGCGUGCAAGGUGCGGAUGGAGGGGAAGGCGGAGGGCCGGAAGGGGCGGCUCGCCGUCACGGCGGAAGUGUUCGAGGUGACGCCGGAGGUGGCUGUGGUGGAAUUCUCCAAGUCCGCCGGCGACACCCUCGAGUACAUCAAGUUCUGCGAGGAGGACGUCCGCCCGGGCCUCAAAGACAUUGUCUGGACCUGGCAGGGGGACGACGUCCCCGCCGAAACCGGUGCCGGCAACCUUGACGGUGCCGGCCGUUGAUCCGAUCGCAGACCCUUGAAAUCCCUCAUUUAACCCCUUGCCUAAUCCGUCAUUUACGAAAGUGGGGAACCGGCAGCAGCAGAAUAUACCUGAAAAAUUAGGCGUGACACGGUGCGUUACAGCGUGAGGGUGUUUGCAGAGAGCCAUGUGUUUGACGAGUAUUGGUUAACUGCUAUUUCUUAUCGGUGUGCAACAUUGUAUAUUUGUAUAUAGCUGUUUGUAUGUAGAAAUACAGAGAGAGAGAAAGGGAGAGAGAGAGGGAUGGAGAUAAGUUUUGGACGCCAAUUAUCUAAUUUUUAGAUGGUCAGAGGAAUUUUUCUGCCACGUCUUUGUCUUAUUACCUA